UCUUCCCUCGGUUAUUUGAGGAGCCGUCAUCGUCUUGGGCACUGGGAGAGGCAUCCGACCAUGGAUUUCGAAGAGGCCCUCAAGUCCGUCGGAGGCUACGGUUUGUUCAACAAGGCCAUCCUAAACGCCCUGUUGGUCAUCAGCGCAUGGCACGCCGUAUUCUGUUACAUGGGCAACUUGCUCGUGCACGUCACUCCGCCAAGUCAGUGGUGUUUUCAAAACGACGUCAAUGCUAGUAUUGUGGACGUGACAUCAUUGCCCAGGGGAAAAUGCCAGAUGAUGAUUCCUUUGCAAGGCGGUGGUUACAUGAACGCUACAAUGUCAGGAGACGACGCUAUGACCUGUCCAGCUGGAUGGAGGUACGACAACACGGAAUUCCUGACUACGGUUACCAUGGAGAACCAGUGGGUCUGCGGUGAAAGCCGGAAGAUGUAUGCCGUUCACACAGCUUAUUGGGUUGGUUCUAUGACAGGCAAUCUUAUCGCUGGAUAUUUUUCAGAUAGAAUCGGCAGAAAGAAGAUAUCCAUGAUGCUAACGAUGAUCGGUGCCCUCGGCAAUGUCUUGGGGGUCUUCUUCACUGGAUUCCAGAGCUUCGUAGCUCUACGUUUUUUCACCGGCAUGGGUUCGGAGGCUGUAUCCGACACGGCGUUCAUCAUCGUAAUGGAGUACACGGUUUGCGAAAGGAGAACGCUCGUGUCCUUCAUCUGGGCCCUGUCUUGGACCCUGAUGGCUUCUGCGUUGCCCUGGUACGCCUACCUACUGCAAAGCUGGAGGGGAGUCAUGCUUACCAACACCGCCGUGGACGCGUUGAUGGUCGUCGUCAUGUGUUGGGUGCCGGAGUCAUCAAGUUGGCUCUUGUCUGUGGGACGCAAGGACCAAGCACUCGUCCACUUUGAAAAGAUUGCUCGCUUCAACGGUCACACGGUCUCUCAGGAAGACCUCACCAGGCAGCUUCAGUUCCCUCUCAGUGACGUCAACUUACAAUCAUCAUCAGACAAGGCCGUCCCGUCGUUUUUGGAAAGUAGCUUAGCCGUCUUGAAAUCUCCUCGCAUUCGAAGAAGAACGCUCCUCAUAUACGUUGGCAUGUUCAUCAUCUGCCUCUGUUACAACGCCAAUGCGCUGGAGCUGGGCAGACUUAACGAGGACAUCUACGCUUCGUACUCGCUGGCCCUUGCCUUUGAGUUCCCCGUAAAUCUCAUCUGCAUCGCGGCCUUGGACGCCUUCGGACGUCGGUGGCCAAACUCGCUCUUCUUGCUCAUGGGAGCCGUGGUUGCUCUCGCCAUGGGACUUCUCCGCACGGGUUCGCUAUGGGGCAUUAUGGUCAUGUCUGCCCUGUGUUCCAUGUCGUUCGCCGGAGGUGUGAACAUCACUUACCAGCUCGCAUCCGAGAUCUUCCCUACUGUGAUCAGGGGAAGAGUCGUGCUGAUCCUGUCCCUCGUAUGCGAUCUGGGCGCUUUGGCCGGCACUCACGUGGCAUCCCUGGUGGAAUACGACAAGUUUCUUCCGGUCCUCGUGAUCGGGCCUCUGUCGUUCGUGGCGGCGGUGUGUGUGUUCUUGCUGCCGGACUCCGUGAGGCAGCCCCUACCGCAGACUAUCGAAGACGGAGAAAACUUUGCCUUACACCAGGGCAUCUGCUUCUGCCCCGCAUUCCCGGAAGGCCGCCUCCCUGGGCACCGCGGGACGGCCUCGAUCACGACGCCGACAGCAUCUGACUCGCCAGUCGUAGUAAACCCUCCAGCGACGUUUAAGUUGAGCACAAUUGCAUGAAAGUCAUUGGAUGCGUUUCGCCUUGCUUUUGUGAUGAUCCUUGCAUUAUUUAUGCAAGGAUCAUGCAAGAGCCCCCUCCUCCCCUGUUCUCUUUCCCUACCCUAUAUAUACAAACUUCGGGUUAAUAAAUGUUCUUUGCGAUUU